UCAACAUCCAAAGCCAAACGCGACGAUGGAUAAUGAUAAUCGCGAUCCCAAUUCUCUGCCUCCUCAGUACCAUGCAUAUCAGCAUUCAAGCCAAUCAACCGCAGCCGUAUCAGCCACAGCCAUACGCGCAGCAGUAUUAUCCUCAGCAGCCAUAUUCGCCACAGGUGCAGGCACAAGCACAGCAGUCCGCUUCAUCGCCAUGGGUACCGCUGCAGCCAGCUCCAGAGCCAUAUGUGUUCCAGCCACCACCAGGCCGCGAUGACCUACCACAGCCAUAUGUCUUCCAGCCACCACCAGGUGAAGCUGCCCUACCACAGCCAUAUAUCUUCCAGCCACCACCAGGCUAUGAUGACCUACCACAGCCCCGUGCCAGCGAACGACCAGACCAGACUGCGGCAGGUGCUGAGUUUGUUCAAACAGCCAGUAGUAUGCCGCAGCCAGGAUCGCCAAGUGUACCGGGAAUUCUCACAGCGGAUAAUGUGGACAUUAGCAGGAUAGCAGGAGAGGAUCCAAUCGGAUUCCUCGAAUUCUGGAUCGAAUGCAUCAAACGAGCCAAAGAGGCAGGCCUUCCUAUGCCUCAGAUACAAGGGAUCCUCAUGGGUCCGCCCGCUGGAAGAGCCUGGCCUGCUCGUAGCCAAUGGGAAAAGAACCAAGAGCAUCAGCAAUCACGGCCAACUCUAAAUUUACAUGCUGAUAUCUCGCCAACCGAGUUGUUGAGGCUCAUAUCAGGUCGACCUGUCGAUUUGGUAACGGCAGAGGCGACGAUGGAUGUGCGCUUGACCAUCAAGGGCACAACAAAGGAGCCAAAGAUUACCGAGCUGUGAGUAGCAGUCCUAUAUGCGAAGUAGAUAAAGACGAUUGACCAUAACGUAUCUAUACGUUGUGGUACGUCGUCUUCAAUCUACGAGACAGCGGAGGAGCUGACAGCUUAAUGCCAAGAGGCCCAGCCUCGAAUGACCUCUAUCGAGGUUCGACUUCAGUGGAGGAGCCGAUAGCUUAAUGCCAAGAUGCCCAGCAUCGGAUGACCUCUAUCGGG